AUGGAGAGAACACACCGCCUGCUGCUCGUCGCGGGGCUCCUCGCCGCGCUGCUCCCGGCGGCGGCCGCCACCUUCGGGCCGCAGCCGGGGGCGCCGUGCGACCCCGCGCUCCUGGCGACUCAGGCCGCGCUCUUCUGCGCCCCCGACAUGCCCACCGCCCAGUGCUGCGAGCCCGUCGUCGCCGCCGUCGACCUCGGGGGCGGCGUCCCCUGCCUCUGCCGCGUCGCCGCCGAGCCGCAGCUCGUCAUGGCCGGCCUCAACGCCAGCCACCUCCUCAAGCUCUACACCUCCUGCGGCGGUCUCCAGGACGGUGCCCGCCUCGCCGCCGCCUGCGAAGGACCCGCACCCCCGGCCGCCGUCGUCAGCAGCCCACCACCACCCCCGCCACCAUCGCCAGCACCUCGCCGCAAACAGGCAGCACACGACGCGCCUCCACCGCAGCCGUCGAGCGAGAAGCCAUCGUCCCCGCCGCCCCAGGAGCAUGCCGGCAACGCCAAGGCCGCACCCAACCAGGCGGCUACUUCCCCGCUCGCGCCCGCUGCCGCCACCGCCCCGCCGCCCCAGGGGCCACACUCCGCCGCGCCGUCGUCCGAGACGGCCUUCAUCUUCGCCGCCACGGCCAUACUCGCCAUCUACAUCAUCCUCUGAAGGGCCUACCCCAAAUGCAGUAGCCUACUUGUCGUCUGAUUCCGUUUCAUGCUUGUCCCCAUUUGUUGAGGUUCGUUUCUGCAGUCCGAACAAGACGGUGGGAUUUUGACCGGGUACCCAUAUUUCUAUGUCGCGCGUACUAGUACUAGUAGUAGCUGUCAGCAGACGAAUGAACAUUGGGUUUUGGGAUUCCUCUAGCUGAUGAACCACUGCUAUUUGCUAUGUUAUCGAUGGAUAUGAUCUGAAUGGAUGGGUGAAGUUUUGGUUUC